CGCUCUGUCACUGUGACACAAGUAUUGCCCAGUUGCCGCGGUCGUAAAAAUCACUGAAUUCAACUACGAUACGAGGCUUGAUCCGACACACGUAAACACUCGUAUAUUCUCGGAAAUAAAUACGGAUUUCACGCCAUAUAAAGGAGAACGUUGAUACCAAACUCUACUUGUGGAUAAAUCGGAGAGAGUGCAGCCCCUCCCAGCAACUUCCCUCAUUAUCCCGACGGUCUCAAGGCCAAUAUAAACCUAUCCGGCGCAACAGGCAAACUGUCCUAGUGCCGCCAACACAGUCAGAGGGGAAAGAUGGCGCCUGUCCUUGGCUACUGGAAACUUCGCGGGCUUUGCCAGAGUAUUCGGAUGCUGUUGGAGUACACGGGCACCGAGUACGAGGAAAAACUGUAUCACUUUGGGUCCGCUCCGGACUACGACAAGUCCGAAUGGCUUGACGAAAAGUUCAACCUCGGCCUCGACUUCCCUAAUCUGCCCUACUACAUCGACGGGUCCGCAAAGGUGACGCAGAGCAACGCCAUCCUUCGCUACAUCGCCAGGAAGCACGACCUCUUGGGCCGGACGGACGAAGAGAAAGUUCGCGUUGACGUGUUGGAGAACCAGGCGAUGGACUUGAGAAUGAGCUACGUCCGGCUCGUCUACCAGAAUUAUAACACCCAGAAGAAUGAGUACCUGACCAAUCUGCCUGCCACCUUGAAGCUGUUCUCGAAUUUCCUUGGCAACCGGAAGUGGUUCGCUGGAGAGUCUCUCACUUUCGUCGACUUCCUGAUGUACGAACUCCUUGACAUCCACCUCGAGCUGGACGCCUCCUGCCUUGCCUCCUUCAAGAACCUCUCGGACUUCCACAAGCACUUCGAGGAGCUUCCGGCCAUCAAGAAAUACAUGGCAUCCCCGAGGUUCUUGAAGAAGCCCCUGAACGGACCCAUGGCGCUCUUCGACAUCAAAUAAGGGGACAGGAGGAAAUUUUGGUAAAAGAUUAGGAAGUCAUGAAUGGUAAUGGGGGUUGUGGAAGUGAUCUUCAACUUCAAGAAAGUAAAUUGGAUUUAGUUUAUCUUCUUUUAUCGGUUUAUGAUUUCUUGAAGGACAUAACCUCACAUUCCCAGCCAAAAAAGAAGAAAAAUCGUAUAAAAUGUAUUUGUAUUUACCAUCGAUUUCUGUUAAAAAGUGGACAUUGGUAGAUUAGUUAAUAAAAAA